UCUAGUUCUUGUCUCAAAUCAGUCAGCGGAUGCUGUUGACAUUGAUCACAUUGAGACAGCAUGGAGUCGCAUAGCCUCAUAAGUCUCUUGGUGUUGGGCUUUUGCGCCACGAUCGGCGCCUCGUUACUGAAUUGCAGCUGUCCACCUGGCCCUCGGGGACCGCCUGGUCCGCCGGGUCCUAAGGGUCCUCCAGGUGUUAGUAGACCUUCCUCUGGCAUAUGGGGAUAUCCUCCUCCUGUGCCAGGGCCCUAUGGUGGUCCUAUGGCCGGUCCAGUUACACCCGUCAUGGGUCCUAGGGGCCUCCCUGGACCACCGGGACCACCGGGCUACUGCUUCCCCUGUCCAUAUAGUCCGUAUGGACCUCCAUUAGGUCCUGGCGGUGGACCACCAUUAGGUCCAGGAUUCGGAGCUGGCGGUGGACCACCAUUGGGUCCAGGAUUUGGAGCUGGCGGUGGACCACCAUUAGGUCCUGGAUUUGGAUAUGGCGGUGGAUCCGGAUUCGGUCCCGGAUUCGAAAUGGGACCCAACGCAUACGGGCAGGGCAUCUCCACAGCCAUCGGUAAUCUCAUUAUCAUACCAUCAGUUCAGAAUGGUAGUGCCCAGCUGUUCCGGAUCACACCCGAGGGCCAAUUGGUGCGGAUAGAGAACUCCAGGACCGAGCUGAGCGAGAUUCUCCCUGCCGAUUUCCAAGAUCAACUGGCGCAGCAAGGUGCAAUAGCCACAGCCGACCCAAUAUCAGUGAUCACACCACCCACUCCCGAUGAGCACCCCGAGACAGGAGGAUUCGAUGAGGCAAUGUUUGCAGCUGCAGCAAGUAAGAAUGCGGAGCGCAAGGAAGCGAUACGAGCCAGCUCCGAAGCCGCUGACUGGCGUCGGGUCCUUCUGGGCGAGACACCCGUAGCUAGCGCAGCCAAAAGUGAGCCAAGCUCCACCAACCAGCUGGAGAGCAGCAUGGAGAGCUUUCAGCGUGCCUUGGUCGAUCUGAGGGACAAGUACUCCUCCCUGAUACAGCCGAAGUCGAGUGAUCAGCACUAUGCCGUAAUUGUCUAGACUAUAUGACUUAUGCCUAAAGACCUUCAUUAUAAUAAAUAAAACAAGCACUGAUAAUUGUUGAGAAAAAA